AUGAGCGCGCCCUCUACCAUUCUCUUCGCCUUUGGCGUCUUCGCGCAGGUCGCGUUGCUUGCCUGCAUCUUCUGGACUUACACUAGCUAUGGCAACCCCCGUGAGCCGACCGCCUUAGCGGAAACCACAACUAAGACAUCAUCAAGACCAAACGGCUUCACUCUGCGCCACCUUUUGGAUCACGGCGCUGGACAACCUGGGCCACGAGCACGAAGAUUCGAUGUGACUCCAGAGCGGUUUGCCGUUGCUGGUAUCGACUCCCGCAUCGGGCCCUUCACUAUCAAGUCGGCACCAGUCAAGAUAGAAAGGCCCGCGUUACGUGGCUACGAUGCACAGAUCCCCAUGUCGCCCAUGUGGAUCGCCGAGGAUAUUCCGGGUCCGGAUGUCACGGACAAGAACACCGUUAUCAGUUUCGCAAACAUGUCCGAAGAUGCUUACAAAGUCGGCCCUGACGACGCAGGAUGGAUGGACGUCGAUGGGCAUUACAACUCGUCGGUCCCUUUUGGCUGGGAUGACAGUGGCAUCCGAGGCCAUGUGUUCAGCGACGACACUAACUCCACCAUCAUUCUGGCGGUAAAGGGAACGACGGUAGCCAUGUUCGAAGGCGACGGAACGUCCGUGCACGACAAAGAGAACGACAACCUGUACGGCUCUUGCUGUUGCGGCCAGGGCGGCACAUAUCUUUGGCGCAAGGUAUGCGACUGCCAGACUGGCACCUACAGCUGCGACGAGCAAUGCGUCAAGAACGAGUUACGGAAGCCGAACAGGUACUAUGCCGCGACUGUCGAGCUGUAUCAGGAGGUAGUCAAGAUCUAUCCCGAUGCACACAUCAUGACGACAGGACACAGUCUGGGAGGCGUUCUCGCUUCUUUAAUCGGCUUGCAGCACGGUAUACCCGCGGUGACGUUUGAAGCAUACCCACAGGCCUUGGCAGCUAAGCGCUUGGGACUACCAGCUGCCGGUGACGUUGCUCCACUCAGGAAGAAUACAGGUGGCUUCCAUUUCGGGCACACCGCUGACCCCGUGUACAUGGGAACUUGCAACGGUGCGACAAGUUUCUGCUCUAUUGGCGGAUACGCCUUCGAGACCCUUUGUCAUACCGGAAAGAAGUGUGCGUACGACGUGGUCAAAGACUGGGGUUGGAGGCAGAACACACAGACACACAGCCUUAGAUACGCCAUCGAUAACGUGUAUAUGAAGUACGACGAGGCAGCAAAAUGCCAAGAAGAGGAUGUUGGUUGUGUCGAUUGCUACCUGUGGAAGUUCGAGAACGGGACGAAAACCACGACGAGUACUUCAGCAACACCAACAAGUACCACAUCAUCGAGGACGCGGACGGAGACAUGUAAGACGCCUGGGUGGUGGGGAUGUCGAGAUGAGACUACUACGAUGGUAUCAACAACAUCCUCAAGCGUAUCAAGUACUGCGACCAGUACAAGUACAAGUACCUGUCAAACAGUGAGUUCUAGAACCCCAUAA